UUAUUCCCAAUCGAGCUACCAAAAUCUGCCACCUAAAGGGGAUGGGCAUUAUCUUCGUUUUAUGCGUCCUCUGUGGAACGUACCAUUUUAGCACUGGCGGGGGUACACGCGCCGACUCCAAACAUUACGUAGCUAAAUUCAAAGCGACAGCAACACACGUAACUUUGAGUUGACACUUUAGCACAAACUGCUCACAUUACAACCCCCUCAAUGUCCAUUUUGUUGGUUUUGGUGCUGUGCGGGAAGACAUGUGCACGGUUACCCGUUAAAAAAAUAAAUGAUCUGUGCCACACCAGACCACCACGGAAAAUGGCGACUGUGAAGUAGAUGGAAGACGAAAGUCAGAAAUUGUCAAAUGCUCCGUAUGCCUUGGGUCCAGUCUCCAUCCACACCGUUGGGAGGUCAUGGCAGCUGAAAUGUCAUGUCUGGCAGGUGUUGAUGGAGAUGACAAAGAUGCAGAUCCUGACAUUAACGCCCUCUUCCUUCUUCAAGAAUCUGUGAAAAUGGCGGAAGAAUCAACCUCUUGCAACGAUUCUUUCGACAAACGGGCUCUAAAUCAGUCCACGGUCCUAGAUGUUCUGUCAAACACAGACAUGUUGGCUCCAAUUGGCUUGGGUAAUGGACUUUCUCUACAUGAGGCCACACAGGCUGAUGGGUAUGCUGAACUCAACAGCAUACCCAUAGACAAAGAUGAGGAAAAAAGCAUCACCCAGUUAAAAACUGUGCAAGAAAUAGAUACUGCUGGAAUUUGGGGCUUUGAUAUGGAAUCACCGGAGAACUUAUCUGAUGAUUUCAGUAGCCCCAAUGACUUCCAAUGGGACCCUCAUAAAGAGUUUAUGCAGUUUCUGUGGGAGAAUCACAAUGAUUCUUCAGGUCAGGAACCUAAAGAGGAAGUGCAUCCUCUAAACAACCAGAGCAAAAGAAAACGCAAAAUGGACAUGGUUGUCAUGGUAGAUCCCUCAGUGGACAUGUAUUCAGAUUUGAGUCACAAGUCACCUGAGGAUUUCUCUCAUACGGAGGACCAAGUGGACUCCAUUCCUGUCAAAGAUGUCAAAAAGGCAAGGACUUUCUCCAAGCUGCAGACAUCCCAGACAGUCAACGUUCCAAGUCAUCCUAAUGGAACCAUGAAAGCCAUCAAGCAAGUUCUCUGCAAUGUACCGGGAAGAAAUUCGCACGAAGGUAACCCAAGCCGUGGCCUUUCAUCACUGAAUGGGAGGCUCACGGCGAAUUCCCAUUCAGAGGAGAAAGCAUCUUGUUACCCAUGCUCAAAAUGUAAGCUCAUUUUCAAGAAGGCCCAUCAUUUGCAACGUCAUAUGAAAACUCACCAAGACCCACCAAAUCAUUUGCCAAAGACUUAUAUGUGCAGAGAAUGUGGCGAUUCUUUCAGGCAAAGCAGUCUCCUGAUUGAGCACAUGAGUGGACACCAUGAGAAAAGACCAAGGCUCCCCGACAAGCUCAAAGCAUGGGGGGACAAGGACAACAAGGACAACCAGGACAACGAUGCAAAGCUUUUCUGCCCGCAGUGUCCGUUUACAACGAACUGCCCCAACACAUUUGUUCAACAUGCAAAAACCCACGACAAGAGAAAGUUGGGAUGUGACAAAUGUAGCUACAGGACCGAGAGCAGACAUGAUCUUAUGAGACACGACAUCGUCCAGCACACGGUAAAGGCGGUUAGAAAGCAAAUCAGGGACGGCGACUGUAAAACCUUCUCUUGCAACAUUUGCUCUUACAAAGCUUUUAGCAAAAAUGUUUUUAAAAAUCACCUGCUGCGCCGCCACCAACAAGAGUUUAAGGAAUAUGAAUGUGCACAGUAUGCCGAGAAACACAUCCAACCGUCCGAGGAAGAGCAGCACAUUCCUUCUUGCACACUGGUAGAAGACGCAGAGUUAACCUCAGAAAUUACCAUUCAAAAUCAGGUCCCCUCAAAAAGAGCUUGUUUGCCCGCUGAGUCGAGCGACAUUUCAGAUUUAUUUCAAAGUAACAAGAUCAAGCGAGGUCUAAAGUCCCAACUCACUGAAUCCAAAUUGGAUAAAUCCAUUAAUGUUCUACUAUCCCGACAAAAACAUGGAAGGAAGACCGCAGAGCAGAGGAAAGAAAACACAUCUAUAACUGAUUUGAGUUGUAAAAAUGAAGGUUCUCAUCAGGCUCAGGAAAACGCGGCAUUAUCUCCAAAUGGUCUCACAGGAUCAUCCCAUGAGGUGGAAAGGGUUCCCAAUUGCAAUCUCGAUCAAUCGCCUAUCAGGAAGUCCCCAUCUAAGAGAAAGAUGUCCACCCCUUACCGCAACACUUCGGACCAAGACUCCUGUUUUAUCUUGCCAAAACCUAUGCCAAGCCCGAAGAGACUAAACCAAGGAGAUGCUGAUGACUACGAUAGAAAAGACACUUUCCAUCUAAAAGACACAGAUGCCAACAUGUUUGACAACGGUGGCAAUCCAGAAAAUCAUAAUUUAAUUUAUACCUAUAGCAGAAGAAUGUCGAUACGUGGUGCUCUCCAGGCAUCAAAGCAGCUUUUUGAGAAAACAAAGAACGAAGAGCAGGAGCAGAGCGACCCUCCAAUAAAAGAAGAAGACAUGGAAACAGAAGUGUUUCAAGGAACCUUUGACUCUCAUCCAUUAUCAUCCAUAGCAGAAGACAUGUCAGAGCUGGAACUGGACCGCAAGUACCACUGCCCGUACUGUUCUGCAGUCUUUCACUCGGGAGUGGGCUUGUCCAAUCACGUGAGAGGACAUCUUCACAGGAUUGGACUAACCUACAAAGCGCGCCAUGUCCUGACUCCUGACCAGGUGGUUUGUAAAGACCGGAAACCCAAAAUCCCUCGGAAGAUCACAUCGUUCCAGAAACUGAAAAAAGUGUUGCAGUUGCAGCCAGAUUCCGAGGAGACGGGUAUCCAUUCCUGCCCAUUAUGUGGGGAUUCAUUUGACAAUAGGAAAGGACAGUCCAACCAUGUUCGGGGCCACCUCAAAAAGAUUGGUAGAGCCUAUUUAUCAAAGAACAGAUCCCCAUUACUUGUACUCAAGGAGUUGAUGCGGAACAAAAAGGAGUACCUCAGGGCAGUUGAGAUCCUAGGAAAGAAACAGAAUAAUUCCCAUUAUGGUGCUGAUCAUUUCAUGCCAACUUCCUUUGGAAUCCACCAGAAUGACUCGGAUUCAAGCGUGUGCGCUGAUGUCAAACCACUCAGGCCUGUAUUUUCAUUCUUGGAAAGGGACGCUGACAAAAGCCAACUGCAGACCAAGUUGGAUGAGCAGGAUUCGCUUUCCGACACGACUGCAUUGAUAGGAAUUCUGAAGAAGAGAAAGUGCCAGGAAGACUCCAAACCCAAGGGGAUUUUGCAUAUAUCCAGGUACCCUGCACCGGUCUCCUGCAAUGGUGAACAUAGUUUGGGACCAAGAGUGGCGUCUUCACUGCCAAUCGCGACAUCGGAGAAAGGCGAAUUCAACAGGAAGGCGUGUGUCCACUGCAAUGCAAGUUUUCACAGUGGCGUCAGUCUGUCCAAUCAUCUCCGUGCAUGUGUCAAGCGCAAAAGAAGUGCCUCACUAGAGGGAACCACAUUUGACUGCAAAGCGAGGCGGCAGCGUUUAAGGCAGAGCUCAAAGAAGAAGAUGCUUCCGUUAACACAAACGCCAGAGGAAAUGUACAGACUUACAUGCAGGUUCUGUGACCUCGUCUUCCAGGGUCCCCUAUCGGUCCAGGAGGACUGGGUGAAGCAUUUACAAAGACACAUCAUGAACACUGGUGUCCCCCACACUGGGCUUGGCAUGGUUGAGGUCACGUCACCAUCCACAGACUUGGCUUGCAUCAAGACGGACCAAGAGGACACUCUCAAUGCUGCACAAGCCACCUCGUGAAGCCAACGGGGACCUUUUUUUUUUUUUUUUAAGACUUCACUAGACUGUGUGUGUAUGUACAUGGGACGGGGUUUUUUCUCCACUUUUUUUUAGUCAAGUACAGUAUUCAUCUUUAAGAUUGCCGUAUAUGUCGAGACAUUUGGCUGGUGAUAGUUCUUUUGGAUACUACCUGUUUUGUUUUGACAGGCUUUCAUUCACCCUUUGGAAGUACAGUACCAAGUAGUCUUGUUUUCAUGCAGUACGUGUCCACGGAAGACAACCUUUACCUCAGAUGAACUAUUGUUCGAAAUUUGGGAGCACCUCUGCUGCGUAAAUUAAAAAAAAAAGCCAAUUCUUUUCUUCUAGCCCAUUAUUAUAAACCCAUACACACUUUGUGGCAGAUUCCAAUGAAGUGAUCAGUAUCUGGAAAAAAAACUGACAAGAAUAAAAUGUGCAACUCUAUUAUACAUAGAAACUUUUUUCUUUAUUUACAUUUUAUUGUGUUUCCAUUUAAAGUAGAGUGGAACCUCCCAAGUAGUAGACAAGCCCUCCCAUGAUGCCGGUUGUCUAAUUUCAUGUAGUCAAAAAAAAAAGUUUCCAUUAUAUGUAAUGUGCAAAUGAAUCAUUCAAUGCUUCGUGAGCUGAAAUCUUAUGAGAUUUGUUGUCUUACAGGACAUCCUGCAUUUUGAUCUGUUGGAACGUCCAUGUUUAGGUUGACUUUUGAGACAUUUUGCCACCAUUGUAUGGCUGAAUUUUUUCAAUUGUUGUUCGACUUUGGAGGUUCCACUGUAUAAUGGGUAAGAAAAACCACAAAAAAAAAGAAAACUAACAACCAUUGCUGUCCAUGCCCUACAUCCACAUCUACGAUAUUUAACUAUGGAAAAUACGCUUUUUAAAUAAUUUAAUUUUGAAAUGUACUAUAUCACAAAUACAAUGUUUAAAACGUGUUUCUUAAUAAAUAAAAAAAUGGACUUUUCUGUCAUUUUUUUUUCUAAAAAGAGGCAAUAACGAUGCUGCAGACUUGACUUUCUAUCGCUUGUGUAUACU